AUGGAAUAUGAGGGCCGGGUUGAAGUAUCCAGGGAGAGCAAAUACCUCAGUACACUCGCUCCUGGAAAGGUCUUUGGAGAAUUGGCAAUUCUAUACAACUGCAAAAGAACUGCAACUAUAAAAGCUGCCACUGACUGUAAAUUAUGGGCAAUCGAACGACAAUGUUUCCAAACUAUUAUGAUGCGUACUGGCCUCAUCAGGCAGGCCGAGUACACAGACUUCCUCAAGAGUGUUCCUAUCUUCAAGAAUUUACCUGAAGAUACUUUGACCAAGAUCUCUGAUGUAUUAGAAGAGACUUUCUACAAUGAAGGAGACUACAUCAUUAGACAAGGAGCCAGAGGAGAUACUUUCUUCAUCAUUAGCAAGGGCAAAGUCAAGGUCACAAUUAAGCAACCAAACACCUUGGAUGAGCAGUAUAUACGGACUUUACAUAAGGGUGAUUUCUUUGGUGAAAAAGCACUGCAAGGUGAUGACUUGAGAACAGCUAACAUCAUUGCAGAUGACCCUGAUGGAGUGACUUGUUUGGUCAUAGAUAGAGAAACCUUCAACCAACUCAUCUCUAAUUUGGAUGAGAUCCGUACCAGCUAUAAGGAUGAAGGAGUGGAAAGGAGAAGGCAAAAAUAUAUAUUAUUUUUAGCACCAACUUAUUUGUUUGUUGUUGUUGUUUCUUUUAACAGGAUUAAUGAGGAGUUCAGGGAUGUAAAACUAACUGACCUGCGAGUUCUGGCAACAUUGGGUGUUGGUGGUUUUGGCAGAGUUGAGUUAGUUCAAAUUUCUGGAGAUCCAAGUCGCUCAUUUGCUCUCAAACAAAUGAAGAAGAGUCAGAUCGUGGAAACACGCCAGCAACAGCACAUUAUGUCUGAGAAAGAGAUAAUGAGUGAAGCUAAUUGUGAAUUCAUUGUCAAACUCUUUAAGACCUUCAAAGAUAGAAAAUAUCUAUAUAUGCUUAUGGAAUCCUGUCUUGGAGGAGAACUUUGGACAAUUCUAAGAGAUAAAGGACACUUUGAUGAUCCUACUACACGAUUCUACACAGCUUGUGUAGUGGAGGCUUUUGACUAUUUGCAUAGCCGUAACAUUAUCUACAGGGACUUGAAGCCAGAAAAUCUUUUGCUUGAUAUAAAUGGUUAUGUGAAACUUGUGGACUUCGGUUUUGCCAAGAGAUUGCAGCAAGGACGUAAGACAUGGACAUUCUGCGGUACUCCAGAGUAUGUUGCUCCAGAAGUAAUUUUGAAUAGAGGCCAUGACAUCAGUGCUGACUAUUGGUCUUUGGGUGUGCUAAUGUUCGAACUUCUGACAGGUACUCCACCAUUCACAGGUGCAGACCCAAUGAAGACGUACAAUAUCAUACUUAAAGGCAUUGAUGCUAUUGACUUCCCUAGAAAUAUCACAAGGAAUGCAAUGGCUCUUAUAAAAAAAUUGUGCAGAGAUAAUCCAGCAGAAAGGCUUGGUUAUCAGAAAGGGGGAAUCAGUGAAAUACAAAAACACAAAUGGUUUGAUGGCUUCAACUGGGAAGGUCUUCGUAAUUUGACUUUAAUUCCACCCAUUAUCCCACAAGUGCGAGGCGUCACUGACACUAGUAACUUCGAUGAGUAUCCUGCGGACAGUGAUGGCCCUCCUCCUGAUGAUCUCACGGGAUGGGAUGCAGAUUUCUGAGCAAUACGGUUGCCAGGCUCCAGAGCCAGCACAGGGCCUGUGCAGCACAGAUGAACUGAAGUAAUUGGUGAAACCCUGAAGAGAUAUAAUCUCAAUGUCAUUAAGAAUAAUAGUUCCUGAUGCUUGACUGCAGUCACUGUGCAAGUCAAUCUUCUCCAUUAUUGCGUGAAGUACCAAGUCAUGUCAAUUAGUGUUUGUUGUGGCAAUUUAAUAGUUAGGCGUGGACAGGUACUUCCCUACCAAAUCAUGAACAUUCUGAAUUCCAACAAUUUUAUUAGAAUGCCUUUAUAUGUCAUGACUUGGUUUGUUGUUUCUCAGCUAAAGACUCCAAUUGAUACAACUAUCAGAAAAACUGAUGUGACCAAAUUGUUUAGUCAUUUGCUCAUGUUAUAAAUAAGUCCUUUUAUGGAUGAUUUUUGAAGGUUAUAUUUGUUUUUUGUGAGUAUGCACCAGACAAUAUGGAAAGAAUAUUUGCCGACAUAUAAGUUACACAUCAGAUCUUUUAUAGUUUACAGAACUUGCUGGUGUCUUUCUAACAAUGGGCCUUGACUAGUUCUGGAGCAAGGUAACAUAGGUGCUGUAAAAAUAGUGUAAAUGCAACACUUUGUUCCAAUAAUGGAUGUUCCAUAACAAGAUGAGGAUCUUGGAGAGACGGUGCUGAUCAGUUGAUCAACUGUACAGUAUAUGUUUUCUACUUAUUAGUGUGUAUUUCUGCGAGGGAAGUUUCCAUAUUUAUUGUUUCUCUUUUAUCAUAUUGAUGUGCCAUGAAGCCAAUGCAUAACUUGAAUGUAAUUACAACUAACGUGAAUGAAAAUAUUUUUUUUGAGGCUUGUGUGGUGGUAUAUUUCUGCAAAUAAGAUUUAAGAAUUAAGUUACAGACUGACAUGUGGAAGAAUAAGCAUGUAGCAAGUGACUAUAUGUCAAGUAGGUGCUUUAGUGGUAUUUAUUCUCUCAUUUGUCAGUCUCCUUCAACUUGCAAAAUAGCAAAUGUACUAAUGCAUGAUGUGUGCCCCAGGAGAGUUUUUUUUUUAUUUCAAUAAAGCAAUAGAUGUUUUAUAUGCAAAUAAAUUCUAAAAUAGCAUAAUAUAUACGCUGCCUACUAGUUGAUCUGAUUGAUCUUGAGGUAUGCAUCUAUCAUAUAUUAAUAGUAGACAAAAAAUAAUUAGUUUAAUGUGAUGAUGAAAGUGCAGGUCUCCAUCGUUUCUAAAAGUAGAAAGAACUAAUAUCUUCCCCUAUCUGUCAUUAUUGUGCAUUGCCAAAUCAGAUUGCAUGUAGAUCAACAUAUGAUGUGGUGUAAUUAGACUGAUGGGGCAAAUUAGAAUUAUGAAUUGUCCCAUUCUACCUUUUCUUCUUUUUCGAUUAAUAAUUUUGCAUAAGUGAGCUUUGAAUUUGAAACUCAGUGUAUCAGUACUGUACUAGAAGUGCCUGUGUUUUCUAUGAAUGUUAACAAGUGUAUCUUUUUAACCUCAUGUCUGUGGUCUACUUACCUCAUGGUUAACUUCCUCCAGUGUUUGCACACUGUUGUUGAAUUGUUCACAUUGUUAUGUUGUAUCAUAGAUAAUAGACAUGAAGAAAAGAGUCAUUGUAUCCAUUAUAAGUUAAAAUAAUUCAGGGGUGCUGGAACAAACUCCAAUGGAAUAAACCCUAUAAAUAAUUGUCCUCAAAAUUAAAUAAAUGAUGAAACUGAAAAUGUAUUUGAGUUGAAAGAUUGUAGUUACGUAUUGAAACAACAUUGAAAGUUUUACUGAUUUUUUUAUUACAUAAAAUAUAUUUUUUAUGCAUUGAUUAAAAUGUAUAAUGUAAGUGCCGUUAUUUGAAAUUUGUUAAAAAAAAUGUAAAUUCACCAUAUUCGUAUAAAUGUUUAUAAUGAAGGUUUUAUCCUGUUGUAAAACCUUGAUUUUUUCUGACUUAUGAAAUAUGAGGAUUUUAAGUAGGAUUUUUCCAACAUACUGCAAUAUUAUUGUGUUUCAGAUGGGUGCACUAAAUUUAAUUUUGUUGGGAAAACUCGUAGCUGUUUUAAGCACCUGGGUCAGAAAGAUCUAUGUACAUCCCCAUGUAACAUUUUUUCAUGUGCAUCACCUAGAAAUAGUCCUCUAAAACUAUUGUAAUCCCAAGUACUUAACACAGCUACUGCAGUGCUAGAUUUAUCAGAUGACAUGUUGAGUAAGUACCCCAACCUAAUAUCUUUUAUUUUUGUAAUUGGUAUGUGUAAGAAACAACAGUAAUGUCUGCAAUAUUCUUGCCAAUGCAGAUGAAAUUACACACUGUACAUUGUCUUUUGUUGUAUUUGAAGCAUAGUUUAUAACACUAAUGUUAAAAUAGCUCUGUAAAUAAACUCAAGGAAAUUGUGAAGAAUUCUAGUAAUGUAUUUUAAAUAAUGUUUGUUUUUUUUUUCUAAGUGAUUUAACAUUCCUGGAGGAAACAUAAGCAAUAAAAAGGUGGUAAUUUCA